GUGACAACUGGCAUUUUGUGUUCGAUAGUGCGUAAUUUUCACUUGGGCUAAAUUUGUAUUUGUAGAACAAUUUAGGAGUGUUCUGUUCUUACAGUUCUCGUGUACAUUAGUGUUGGUGAUUUGAAGAAUUUCAAAUUUUUCAUCACCGAAAAUUAAUAAUUCUUCGUUAUGGCUAGUAUUAUUGAAGACGAAUUGGAAAGUUCUACGUCUAAUGUCAUUUAUAUAACAGAAGAACAUAGGAUUGAAUGGACCCACGAAGCGACAAAAGAGCUCUUAAAACUCUACGAUGAAAAGUGCGAUAUGCUCGAUUCAGGAAUAAUCAGCACGCAAAAGAAAUUAUGGGAACUCGUCUCGAAAGAUAUGAACAAAAAAGGCUACUAUUACACCGGUGCCCAAUGCGAAAAUAAAUGGAAAACCCUCAAAAGAAAUUACAGAAGCAAAAUGGAAAAAAUGGAUAAAUACGGACACAAACGACCCUGCCCGUUCGAAAACGAGAUUACGGAGAUUCUAAGCAAAAGACCGCAGGAGAACAUGUUCAAUCGAAGCUACGUUUCAAACAAGUUAGGUCGCUAUGGUAAACGAAGAGAUGACUUUGAUUACCAAAUUAAUCUCAACGAUCCCCCCGGUUUCGGCGAAGAACGCGACCCGAUAGACAUCAAGGAAGCCAAACUACUUCCCAAAGUAGAAGCAGCAACAGAAGAUCUCAUUCCAGACACGGAGUACAUAAUACAAGACAAUUUUGGCCUUACGCAAGUGGUGGAAGAACUGACGCAAUUGAGGAAAGUCGUGGUUAAAAAUAACAAAACCAAUUCGGACAUAUUGAGCAAGUCAAACGAGCUCAACAUGAAAAUCGUGAGUUACCUCGCCGGAGCCACGCAGAGGGAAACCCAAACGUUAGAAUUGGAAGAGACUAGAAUGGAGCAACAGAACGAAAUUAUCAAGCAAAUGAAAAUACAAAACAGUUUGCUGCAGAAAUUACUAGACAGAUUAGGCUAAGUUCUCGUUUUUAUCGUUGUUAGAGUUUGAAUAAAUCAAUUUUGUAU